UUCGACGGACACAACACAGAAGUGGCGCAAGCAGACAGAAUCCCAGCUAAGCACCACUAGGCAGUGACUGCACCGCUCUAGGUCGAAGUCCCAGACAACUCGCUCCUAGGCCGAAGUCAUCCCUCCCUCCACCUCCAGUCAGCUCGCUCCCACCCUUGACAGCCCUACUUGACUAAAAUCUUAAGUUCAAAUAAGAUCCCUACAAGAGAGAAACUGGAGUGAGGCCCGUCGCGUCACUCACAGUCCCCUUUCGCAUGUGAGGCUCACCGAUCCCACUCGCGAUUGCCGCCGGUAACCAGUCUUGGACAUCAGUAGUGCAAGCGUAGUAGUCGACCCAGUUCAAGCACGUUGGUCUUCGCGGACCCGCGCGGUCCGCACAGUACAAAACCAGCUCCCAUGCGGAGUCUCACGAGGGCCGCCAUGGCCCUUAGCUGUCUUAUUCCGUUGCUACUAAUCCCGUCGCUCGUCUCAGGAGCCGCCAUGCCGUCGCAGCAGGGGGAGGUGUCGCAGCAGGCGCAGCAGAUGGCGGAUGACGCGAUGAAGGCGCUGCAGGCCAGAAUAGACCAACUAAACGCCGCACUCGCGAAAGCAACGGCGGAGAAACUGCAGGUGCAGCAGACGGUGGCGCAACUCGCGGCCGCGGUGAAAGACAAGGCUGCGCUUUUGGCCCAGGCGAAAGACGAGGCGAAAGCGGCGACGGAGGCGAAGAAUGCCAUGGUUGCUGUUGCGAAAAACAUGGCGGCGGAAUUGGCGAAGAACGCGGAUGUUGUGAAGAAGGCUAAGGCUGCGGCGGACGCGGCGCUAAAGGCGGUCGCGACGGCGAAAGCGACGCUAGACAAUGCGAAGAAAAAGGCAGCAGCUUCGCCGACUAAGGCGAACACGGACGCGUUGGCGAAGGCGCAGAAGGACUACGAUGCGAAGCUCGCGACGUCGCAAACGGCGUCCGCGAACCUCGCGACUGCGAACUCCGCUUACACCACGACGGUCGCAGAUAAAGCCGCAGCGGAUAAGGCGGUGGCAGUCGAAACGGCGAGCGAGAAAGCCCUUUUGAAACAGGCGUCGGUCGCCGAGUCGGAGUUUAACGGCUUGACUAAGCAGAAGGCUUCAGCUGAUAAGCAGGCAGCGGAGAAAGAGGCGGCGGAAAAGGCGGCGACGUCCAUGGCGUCGGCGGCGCGCAUUGCGGCGGAUAGGGCGGCGUCGUCCAUGAUCACGACUGUGACUACAACGGGGCUCUCAUCCACCGCUACAGUGACGUCGACGACGAAUACCAACAACACUUCUGGCAACUCCUCCUCCUCCACCUCCUCUUCCUCUUCCUCCUCCGCGAUUCUCGGCAGCGCGAUAUUCAACGACGACAAGUACAACUACCAAGUGGGGAUCAACGACUGCGGACCGCCCAACGACGUUUCCUGCACCGACGCGCCCACUACCUCCACGGGUCGACUCAGCCGCUACGUGAUCCCCAAUGGCGGGCGCUGCGCGGGCGCGGUGGCGCCGGAGUGCGCGGGAGGGGGGAUAACGUCGGUGGAGUGCGCGAGUGCGUGCGCCAACAUGGUCAACUGCACCUUCUGGCAGCACUUUCCCCCCCCGCAAGCGACGCUGUGCACCAACUGCGGCGUGUGCUUCCUCUACAAGGCCACGGAUCCCGCGCCCAAGUGCCAGACCGCCAUGGUUUUCGCUGGAGGAAUCAACCGCCUUGAAGCUAAUGCCUCCAGGCUCGGCCGGCCCUGCACAGUCAAGCAACCGCCGCCACCAUCCCCUCCGCCGUCCCCCUCUCCCCCUCCCGCUUCCCCCUCUCCCCCUCCCGUUUCCCCCUCUCCGCCUCCGCCUUCUCCCCCUCCCCCCACCCCCUCACUCCCCACUGUUCUGUGGAACGACAACAAGUACCCGGGUGUGGGCGGCACCACGUGCACGCCUCCUCUGGACAUUCCUUGCACGGACAACUGCACCGACACCAGCGGACUCAGCGGCCGCUACGUCGUUCCUAAUGGCGGGCGCUGCGCCACUGGCACGAGCCCCCGGUGCUACGGCAACGCUGUGCUCCGCCGUCAGUGCUGCGCGGCGUGCACCAACUCGACUUCAUGCUCCUUCUGGCAGCACUACAUCCCCUCGUCGCUCUCCUGCUCCAACUGCGGUAUCUGCUACCUGUACAAGCCCUCGGACGCGCAGCCCACGUGCGAGACGCGAACCAUUGUCACGAGCAACGGCACGCGCACUUACGUGAACGCCUCCACUCUCGGCCGCCCCUGCCCUUACACACACCACGACCCGCACUUCCGCGGCGCGCACGGCACGCGGUUCGAGUUCAACGGCGCUCCCGAGAAGACGUACUGCCUGCUGACUGACUCGAGCCUGCAUGUGAACAUGAAGAUGCGCGGGUACUACGACACGCGCACCAUCGGCGCGUCUCUGCUGCGCAACGGGCUGGCUGUGCGCACGUGGAUCCGCGAGCUGGGCUUCGUGUGGAGCGCUGACGGCGUGGAGCACUCCUUCCGCCUGGCGGCGCGCAACGGCAAGUCGGACAAGCGCGACAAUGGCUUCCUCUCUCUCAUCGAGUUCGACGGCCGCGUCCUCCCCUCCCUCGAGCCCAGCGAGUCGUACAACCUGGACGGUGGCCUGGCGUUUGUGUUCAAGGGGUACGAGCAGGAGGGCGGCGGGUUCUUCGACGUGGACUCGUACUCGCUGCGCAUCGGCGACAAGCUGGCCAUGGACAUCAAGCUCAGGCCCGCGCACCCGCUGCUGCAAACGCCCGACGACGCGCAGGUGCACCUGAACGUCAACUUCAAGCACGUGUCGCGCUCGUCGUCUGUGCACGGCAUCAUGGGCCAGACGUACCGCGAGGGCCGCACAGAGCGCGCCAUCGACUACGCCAUGCUGUCGCGGCUUCUGCGCACUCCCUUCUCCGCCGACGGCGAAAACGGCAAGGGCUUCCUGGACGGCAAGGCCGCGGACUACGAGACGUCAGGAGUGCUCUCCACCGACUGCGGCUUCUCUGCCUUCUCCAAGGCCAUGUAAAUGCGCUUGACUAGGCAUCCCCUAGGAGGAUGAAUUGGCAGAAACGAAGCUAUCUCUUGGGAUUAAUUGAAUUUUGGAAUUAAUCGGCAUUCACGAGGGUCACUACUGUUGUAUGCACUUGUGGUCCUCGGCUGUGUGAUGAGCUUAUUGUUCUGUAAGUAAUCCAUGUAAUUCAUUCUUAGUCUUGUAACUGGUCAACAAAUAUACAAAUUGUAUAGAUUAGCUAGUAACUAUUUGCA